AUGCGUUUCCCACUUCCCCUCUCUCACUUCAUCUCUUCCAAUUCUUCAUUUUCUUCUUUUCCCCCCUCCUACCUUUCCCCUCCCUUUUUCUUAUUGUUCGAAGAUUUCAAUUUUCUGUUUAGUCGGGAGUUCUGCUUUUCCUCCCUUGUUGCCGACUCUUUUUUUUUUGCCUCGCGCAUUUCCACCUUUCACGCCCGUCUCUUUGCUUGGCUUCGUUACGACUUGAUCUUACGCCGGUCUUUCUUUAACGACUCCACGAAGUUCUAG